CGGCGGAUGGAGGGAAAAAAAGAGAGCGAGUGAGAAAGAGAGCGAGCCGGAGAGAAUAAGGAACUUUGUUACCAGGCGCGGCGGCAUCUCCGUCUGCUCCGUCGGAAGAGAAGCAUUUACAGUCAAUCGGCACGUUUUCUUUUUUUUUUUUUCCCCCAUUCUCUUCAGGACCUCGGGGAGGGGAGCGUGCUGAAGGGAUCCUGUUUUUUUGUUGUUGUUUUUUUGACAGAUGAGACCUAAAAGACGUGCCGACUGCAACCCCGCGUUCCAACCCACGGGCGUGAGGUAGGAAGUGUGCUAAACGAAGAUUCAAGUCCGCCCCUGUGCAUGACGCUUCCUUUUUAAAAUGGGCUUUGUGUUUUCUGUUGAGAUGAGUCUGGCUUUGACCUUGAUUUUUGUUUACAUCGCCUGUGGGAGUUCUCCGCUCUCCGUCACGUUCUCGCUCCCGUGCUGGGUUUUUUUUUUGAGCCGUUUUUAAAUCAGCAGCAACACGGGCAGAAGUUACCUCCGGGUAGCCACAAACGAGGGCUUUGACUCGUGCUGGUUGUGUCCGAGUUGCCGCUUUAUAAUGACAUUGUUGAAGAUACUUUAGCGGGACUCUGAUGAGAUCCGACAAAGGAAAAAUGCAUCUCCGGAUCUGGUGUGUGUUGCUGGGAGCAGCCUCCGUGUGCACGGCGGGAAUGUCUUACGGAGGAGGACUCUGCGAAAGGCUCUGUGCCUGCGAGUCGAGAGAGGGGGUGCUCACAGUGAGCUGUGAAAACAAGGGAAUUGGGAGUAUCUCUGAAAUAACCCCGCCAAACUUCCCACAGUAUCAUCUGCUGCUCACUGGGAACGUCUUAAAGAGGCUUGCCGCUAAUGACUUUGUCGACUAUCGAGGACUCGCCAUACUACAUCUGGGGAAUAAUGAGAUAUCGCUGAUUGAAGCGGGAGCUUUCACGGGACUUCAGGGAUUAAAGCGAUUACAUCUCAACAAUAACAAAAUUGAUGCCUUGAAGGAGGAGCUUUUCCGGGGCCUUGAAAGUCUGGAGUAUCUGCAACUUGAUUAUAACUACGUCACCCAAGUGGCGCCCAACGCCCUCGGCCGGCUCCGGCACCUGGAGGUGUUGAUACUCAACGACAACUUGAUAUCCGCGCUGCCUACGAACGUCUUCCAGCACGUGCCGCUGACUCAUCUGGACUUGAGGGGGAACCAGCUGAAAGUGCUGCCUUACUCGGGUCUGCUGGAGCACAUGGACGGCGUGGUGGAGCUGCAGCUGGAGGAGAACCCGUGGAACUGCUCCUGUGACCUGAUCGCCCUCAAGACCUGGCUCGAGAGCAUAUCGUACACGGCGUUGGUCGGAGACGUGGUUUGCGAGUUCCCCUUCCGCCUCCACGGGAGGGAUCUUGACGAGGUGUCGAAACAGGAGCUGUGCCCGAGGAGAGCCAUCGCCGAGUACGAGAUGCCGCCGCUGCCGCAUUUGAACACAGAGGCCUACUACCGGAGCACGCCGGCCAUUUCCACCGCCUCCUUAACUUCAUCCGGCAUUGCGAGGUCAUCGUCCAGACCAACCAAGGGUCCUCGGCAGUCAGGCAAAUUAAAAUCAAGACCCACUGCUCGCCUGGCUGCGAAAAAACCUCAGAAUUACGGCCAAAUUAUUUCAUAUCAAACCAAAUCCCCCGUGCCUUUGGACUGCCCGUCUGCCUGCACCUGCAACCUGCAGAUUUCAGACCUCGGCCUGAACGUGAACUGCCAGGAACGAAAGAUUGAGCACAUUUCCGAUUUAGACCCCAAACCGUACAAUCCUAAAAAGAUGUAUCUCACAGGGAAUUAUAUCCCUGUGGUGCGGAGAACGGAUUUCAUUGAGGCGACCGGAUUAGAUUUGCUUCAUCUAGGGAACAAUCGGAUAGCUCAAAUCCACGACAAAGCUUUUGCUGAUUUGACUCAUCUCAGGAGACUCUACCUUAACGGGAAUUUGAUAGACCAUCUUACAGAGGAUAUGUUCUACGGACUAGAGAGCCUACAGUUCUUGUAUUUAGAAUACAACGUCAUUAAAGGGGUCGCGGCGGACACAUUCCAACACGUCCCCAAACUGCAGCUUUUGUUUUUGAACAACAACCUCUUGAAAACUUUACCCGUGGGAACAUUUAGCGGCCUCGCCUUGGCAAGGCUCAAUCUUCGCAGUAACCAUCUGCGCUACCUGCCCGUCAGCGGCGUGAUCGAUCAGCUGACGGCACUGGUGCAGGUGGAUUUGUAUGAGAACCCCUGGGAUUGCUCGUGUAGGAUUCUAGACUUGAAGAUGUGGCUGGAGCAGCUAAGCACGGGCACUGUCGUAAACAACGUCAUCUGCGGCUCACCGAAAAAGCUCGCCGGGGAAGAUAUGCGCUACAUAAAGACAACUAAUUUCUGCCCUAAUAACUCGGCUCCACUGGCGUCCGUAAUCCCACCCACAGAAGAAUCCAUUCCUGGCAGCACAAUUACCAUCGAAACGCCGUUGGACACCGACACUCAAUACGGAGCAAUCCCUUUAUCGGUGAUGAUCCUUGCCCUCGUGCUCAUGUUCAUUGCAUCCGUCUUCGUGGCAGCAGGAUUGUUUGUAACGAUGAGGAAGAAACACCGAAAGAGUCAAAAUGAGCACAACAAUUCCAUGAAUACUUGCAUCAGCUCUCUCAACAUGGAGUACGGUCUGUACAAAAAAGGAACAAUCCCGAAGGUCAGGACAUCAGCUGGACACGUGUACGAGUAUAUUCCGCCACCCUUGGAGCAAACUUGCAGAACCACGGGGCAAUCAUCCGCGGAUAGCAAAUCAGUGGAGGGAUUUCGGGAUUUCGACGAGCUGAGCGGCCCCUUUCUGGGCAACUCUGACGAAGAAGCAGCCAGUAACGCGAUAGGCUCAGAGUACAGCACCACCGCCUCCGAGCCUCUCAAUAAGCCCUCCACGCCACACCGGGAUGAUCCGUCUUACUACAGAGAAGUACUCGAUCAGGACCAGAACCCACGCUACAGCAAUACGCUACCAUGCAGGCACACCACGCGUCCGUCCAGCCAGUACACGUCAGACUUUAACGCAAGGCAUCAGUACGUGCCUCCGGACAGAGUACAACAGACAAUACUCUACUGUACAGCACCGAGUACUGUUUAUGUGGAGCCUAACAGGAGCGAGUAUUGGGAACUGAAGGCUAAGCUUCACAUUGAUCCGGAUUACCUUGAGGUUCUGGAGAAAAGAACCACAUUCACACAGUUUUAAGUCAGUGACUUCAGUGACAAACACACUGGCGUGAAGGACCAAUCAGGACUUGGAUCAUUCCGCCAAAACUGGUACAACUUCACGGUAUGAACUCUGGUAUAACAAAUUGAGAGAUGCAUCCAAUCCCGAGUGGGGUUACUUAAACGCUGAGGUCUGAUUGUAAUCUGAAUACAUUUGGAAACAUUGUGACACAAUUUGUGUUCUUUUUGAACUUGCACAGCAGCCUCUUAUGAAAAGACUUCAGUCUGAUUUUAAACUAUGAGUCCGUUUAACCCAAGACCAUUUUGACAGAAUAUGUAUUUGACAAAAUGCAUUUUGGAGCUGCUUUAUAAUACAAACCCUGUUUCCAUACAAGUUGGGAAAUUGUGUUAGAUGUAGAUAUAAACGGAAUACAAUGAUUUGUAAAUCCUUUUAAACCCAUAUUCAAUUGAAUGCACUACAAAGACAACAUAUUUGAUGUUCAAACUCAUAAACUUCAUUUUUUUUUUUUGCAAACAGUAAUUAACUUAAAAUUUCGUGGCUGCAACACGUGCCAAAGUAGUUGGGAAAGGGCAUGUUCACCACUGUGUUACAUCACCUUUUCUUUUAACAACACUCAAAAAAGGUUUGGGAACUGAGGAAACUAAUUGUUGAAGCUUUGAAAGUGGAAUUCUUUCCCAUUCUUGUUUUAUGUAGAGCUUCAGUUUUUCAACAGUCCGGGGUCUCCGCUGUCGUAUUUUACGCUUCAUAAUGCGCCACACAUUUUCGAUGGGAGACGGGUCUGGACUCCAGGCGGGCCAGGAAAGUACCCGCAAUCUUUUUUCACGAAGCCACGCUGUUGUAACACGUGCUGAAUGUGGCUUGGCAUUGUCUUGCUGAAAUAAGCAGGGGCGUCCAUGAAAAAGACGGCGCUUAGAUGGCAGCAUUUGUUGUUCCAAAACCUGUAUGUACCUUUCAGCAUUAAUGGUGUUUUCAAAAAUGUGUAAGUUACCCAUGCCUUGGGCACUAAUGCAGCCCCAUACCAUCACAGAUGCUGGCUUGAACUUUGAGUCGAUAACAGUCUGGAUGGUUCACUUCCCCUUUGGUCCGGAUGACACGAUGUCGAAUAUUUCCCAAAAACAAUUUGAAAUGUGGACUUAUCAGACCACAGAACACUUUGCCACUUUGUAUCAGUCCAUCUUAGAUGAUCUCGGGCCCAAAGAAGCCGGUGGCGUUUCUGGAUGUUGUUGAUAAAUGACUUUCGCUUUGCAUGGUAGAGCUUUAACUUGCAUUUACAGAUGUAGCGAUGAACUGUAUUUAGUGACAGUGGUUUUCUGAAGUGUUCCUGAGCCCAUGUGGUGAUAUCCUUUAGAGAUUGAUGUCGGUUUUUGAUACAGUGUCGUCAGAGUUAUUGAAGGUCACAGUCAUUCAAUGUUGGUUUCCGGCCAUGCCGCUUCCGUGGAGUGAUUUCUCCAGAUUCUCUGAACCUUUUGAUGAUAUUAUGGACCGUAGAUGUUGAAAUCCCUAAAUGUCUUGCACUUGCACUUUGAGAAACAUUGUUCUUAAACUGUUUGACUAUUUGCUCACGCAGUUGUGGACAAAGGGGUGUACCUCGCUCCAUCCUUUCUUGUGAAAGACUGAGCAUUUUUUGGGAAGCUAUUUUUAUACCCAAUCACGGCACCCACCUGUUCCCAAUUAGCCUGCACACCUGUGGGAUGUUCCAAAUAAGUGUUUGAUGAGCAUUCCUCAACUUUAUCAGUAUUUAUUGCCACCUUUCCCAACUUCUUUGUCACGUGUUGCUGGCAUCAAAUUCUAAAGUUAAUGAUUAUUUGCAAAAAAAAAAAGUUUAUCAGUUUGAACAUGAAAUAUGUUGUCUUUGUAGCAUAUUCAACUGAAUAUGGGUUGAAAAUGAUUGGUAAAUCAUUGUAUUCCGUUUAUAUUUACAUCUAACACAAUUUCCCAACUCAUAUGGAAACGGGGUUUGUAAAUGCUAAAAAGAAAUGCAUAUAUCCAAAAAUAGGAAAUGUGUUUAAGAGGCCAAUGUGGACAUGAUGUCACUAUAACACAGAACGGUGUGGCGUUUAUAUACUUGAUGAUACUUUCACCUAUUUUAAGAAGGAAAACAGUGGGUCAGCAUGUGCAUGGUGUUUCUUUAGAAAGUGACAUCGCCAUCUACUGGCCUGGCAUGCACAUUACCGCAGUGGUUCUCAACCUUUUUUCAGUGAUGUGAACAUUUUUUUUUAUUCCUAGUACCCCCUAAUCAGAGCAAAGCAUUUUUGGUUGAAAAAAAAAGAGAUACACAAGUAAAAUACAGCACUAUGUCAUCAGUUUUCGAUUCAUUAAAUGGUAUAAGAGUGCAAAAUAUUGCUCAUUUGUAGUGGACUUUCUUGAACUAUUUGGGGAAAAAAAGAUAAAAAUAACUAAAAACUUGUUGAAAAAUAAACAAGUGAUUCAAUUCUAAAUAACGAUUUCUACACAUAGAAGUAAUCAUCAACUUAAAGUGCCCUCUUAGGGGAUUGUAAUAGAGAUCCAUCUGGAUUCAUGAACUUAAUUGUAAACAUUUUUUCACAAAAAAGAAAUCUUUAACAUCAAUAUUUAUGGAACAUGUCCGCAAAAACACUGAAUAUUGCAUUGUUGCAUUUCUUUUCACAGUUUAUGAACUUGCAGUCAUAUUUUGUUGAAGUAUUAUUCAAUAAAUAUAUUUAUAAAGGAUUUUUGAAAUGUUGCUAUUUUUUAGAAUAUUUUUUUUAAAAUCUCACAAACCCCUUUGGCAUACCUUCAAGUACCCAUUUGAGAACCACUGCAUUACAGCAUAUUUUGUCAUUUUUGCAGGUCUACAUCAGGGAUCAUAUAAAAACCUCUCAAAAACACAGAAUAAAGCCGUUAUUAGCCAUGGAAAACAUAUUUUGUUAAGGUAUGCCACAAAAUGAUGCACAUACCAGUGACAUGUUUUGACAUAUUUUGCAUCACCGUUUUUUCCGAGUGCUCUUAUUGUGUGAUUUCUUACUGGAGUCUUGUGAUGAUGCACUACAACAUUUUCACAAGUGUUUCCUUGAACGCGGCUGGCUUAACUAACCAACAUUGAUCCAUUCAUGGAUAAACCAUCUGUGCAGUUCAAGGGUAUCGUUCUAAACUUGGACUGUUUGGGAUUAGUUAUUGUCACACCUGAUUUGAUUGUGUAACUAUAAAACUAUAACAACAUUUUAAGAUGCAAUUUCCAGGAUUAUAGCCGCAGUACUCUGAUUAAAAACAUGGUGAAAUUAUUUUGCUUUUUUGAUAGUCACACACACACACACUAGGUGUGGUGAAAUUACCCCUCUGCAAUUAACUCAUCCCCUUGUUUCACCCCCUGUGGGGUGAGGGGAGCAGUGAGCGGCAGCGGUGGCCGCACUCGGGAAUCCUUUCGGUGAUUUAACACCCAAUUCCAAAUUGAUGCUUAUGGGAAUAAAGUUGUAAUUUUAGCGGAAUAUUGUCGUAAUAUUUGGGGGAAAAAAAUCCCAUUCAUGUUGUAAUGUAAAAAUAAUACAAGAAAA